ACGUCCAGGGUGGGGAAACGGGAAAUACUUCACAUCGCUAUCACAUAUCCGGAAGUACGGCAGCCAUCGGCAUGAAGAUCGUGCUGAGCAUUUUCCUCCUCACAACGUUCUCCACAUGGAUAACCGAUUCCGUCGGCCAAAAUGCGGCCGUGGCCUUGAAGUCGUCCCUGUUGGCCAACUAUGACAAAAGUUUGCGGCCGGUCAAGUUAGCGUCUACACCUGUGAACGUGGCCUUGGACAUCUCACUCAGACAGAUCAUAGAAUUGGCAGAAAAAGAGCAAACAUUUCGGAUCAACGUCUGGAUGCGCCUGCGCUGGGACGAUGAGCUACUGACGUGGAACGCUUCCGAACACGGCGGUGUGGACACGUUAACUUUCCACUCGUCGGAAGUUUGGAGACCUGACAUCUUUCUUUAUAACAACAUAGCCGAGACGUACGGUGCUCUACCCCCCAUCACUGACGUCACGGUGACUAGUGCCGGACGAGUGUCAUAUUACCAGCCCGAAAUCUUUACAAGCGCAUGCCCAGUCGGUAUUGAAAGAUUUCCAUUUGACAGGCAGGAAUGUCAGUUGGAGUUUGGGUCUUGGAUCUACGGAGACAGCAAAUUAAACCUGUCCUUAGUCAACCCCUAUGCAGACCGUAGCGUUUUCACUAAGAACGAAGAAUGGAUUCUGAAAGGAAUGCCAAUGGGAAUACGGGUGGCCGUCUACCCUUGCUGCCCGGAAACGUUCAGCACGGCUGUCCUCACCGUCCAACUGGAGCGUCGGUCCUUCUUCUACAUGUUCAACAUGGUGCUGCCGUGCAUCAUCCUGAUGAUACUGAACGUGCUCGGCUUCUACAUCCCCCCGGACAGCGGGGAGCGGCUGGGCUUCUUCAUGACCAUCUUGUUGGCUCUUGUCGUCUUCCUGCAAGUCUUAUCCAGCUCCCUACCCAAAACGGCAACAACUGUUCCGCAACUGGGUGAGUUCUUCGUCGCCACCAUCGCGCUGGUAGGCUUCUCGUGCCUGGCCUCCAUCGUGGUGAUCCGCCUGUCCUACAGCAGCCCGCCCUCCCGCCCGCUGCCCCGCUGGCUCCGUCUGACUCUGUUACACUACCUGGCUCGUCUCUUCUGUAUGAACACCAUCGCUGAGGAGGAACAUGUUGUUCACCCCACCAUAGAGAACGUCGACAGCCCUGCGGUCCGUGAUCUCGAAGACGAAGCAGUUGAACAGAAAUACUCAAUACUUCCCUCCCUCAACGAGAUUUCGCGCCACAUCCGGGAAUUUUCACGCCGUGCAAACGAGAAGCAAGAGGAAGAUAAUGACCAGGACGAGUGGAAGAUGGCGGCCCUUGUGCUGGACAGGGCUCUGAUGUUUGCCGUUGGCUUCUCGACUUUAGUCGUUUGUAUAACCCUGUUACAUUAGGCGUCUGUACACCGUUGUAAACAUAAACUCAGUAUUGUACCUACGUAUAAAAGCAAAAUGAGAAAUCAACCUUUUUCUGACUUUGAUCUACUUAUAUUUUACUCAUAUUUGGAGGAUAAGAAGAAUAUGAGGAACAUGCAACAUUUUGAAGCUGAAUCUCGCUAUGUACAUUUGCUGUGUGUAUCUGCGUACUUUGAAGCGCCUGGGUGACGACGUAUGGGAAGGUACUAUUACACUCUAGAUGUGGCCUGACCAAGUCGUCAGUAAUGACGUGGCUAUUGGACAUCUUUGACCUGAAACGCCGUCUAUAACAUCAUCAAUUUUCAGUUCUUUGCUUGAUAUUGGUACAUUUCCUUCUAUAUCAAUGAGAUGGACCGUGAAGAAGAAAGUGAAAACAGAAAAAAAAGUUGUAUAUUGCGCACUAUUCUAUUUAUGUCAAAAUUUAAGACUACGGUUACUUUUGCCUGACAGUAUGACUUAGUUGACAAGAUGAUGAAUAAAGCAUCAAAUUUUA